AUGACACCCUCAUUUCACGAAGCCAGAAAUAAGCAUUCAGCUGCCAAACCGCCGCCUAGCAAAGAACGAACACCCUUCCAAGAGCAACUUGCUAAAAAUCCUUAUGCUUUCGCCCUCACAAUGCCCGUCCGUCAAUGUUCCGUAACGCAGCUCUCACUCCCCAGUUUCUUCCUCCAAGAAUUCACCGUAAUGGCGCAUCCUACCACCGGACUCCCCUGGCACGUCCCUCGAAGUCUCACAUCCCCAUUCUCCUCCAAUCCCAAACUGGCCGACGACGACUCUUCCCCUUCCCACACUCCCUCCUUAGGGUCUACCUCUUAUGUGGCCAUGCGCCAACCUCUCUUCCAAUCACUCUUCAAAAAAGGAUCAGGAUACGCAGGAGCUUACAAGAAAUUUGGAUUACCAAAUGCGAAGAGUCUUGCGAGGAAACGCAUCAUGUUAAGCGCGGUUUGGAGGUCGGAUAUGGAUACAUUUUUGCUGGAAUUGAUGCGAAGGAGGACGGCAGAAAUGCUGAAGUACUUGUGUAAGAAGGAUGAGAAGUAUAUACACCAGUGCGUGAAUUGGGAAAGAGUGGAUUUCAGUCCACAAGUAGGAUGUGUUUUGUGGAUGGGACAGAAGGUCGCCUCGGGAUCGGGAGAAGAAACGGAAGAGUCCCAAGAACAAGAGCAAGAAAUCCCACCAGGAGAAUUCGAAACGAGGAGGAUAGGGCCUGGGGGGAGGAAACUUGUGCCGGUGUUUAAUAUGAGGACGAUGAUGGGAAAAGAGUGGGUUGAGAAGAUGAGAGAGGGGAAUAAGAUUUUCGGGAACCAGAUUUUGGUUGUGAAACAUAAGAAUGCGACGAAGGAGAUACAGAUGAAAUUGUGGAAGUUGCAAGGGUAUGUUGCUACGUUUGGAGGAAUGCCUGCUAUGCAGUCGUCCAAAGUGGCGAAAGCGAAGGGUAUCAACUUCGUGUCGACAAGUACGGCCGGGAACUCUAAAUCAUUUACACCAGGGGGAAAUUUCAAAGCUUUUCGUUAA